UCAGACUCUGCUGACAACUCACCGGCCGACCGCAAAGUUCAGCUGCAGCAUCUGGAGAGAAUAAAGAUAUGAAGCCAGUCCCCGUUCUCCUGCUGCUCUCUUCGGUCCUCCUCUCAUCGCACCUGCGACCCGCUACCGGCAGACCGCGCACCUUCCCCGGCUGGCUGGAUGGAAGCGGCCGCCUCCAAACGCAGCAACUGGACGAGGUGCUCCUCAGAGCGGCUGCCGCCGGGGACAGCACCGCUUCCGAUCUACUAGGCGACAACAUCAUGAGGUUUCUCCAGAGGAGGAACCUGGACGUCCUCCACCUGCUGCCGCCAGGAGAAGAAAGCGAGGAGGCGGAGGAAGCGGCGAUGAGAACCGCAGCACAGCUGCUGAAACGCAGCGAAGAACCGCCGCUCUCCAUCGACCUGACCUUCCACCUGCUGAGGAAUAUGAUCCAGAUGGCCAAGAUGGAGAGCCAGAGAGAGCAAGCUCAGCUCAACCGCAAAGUGCUCGACGAGGUGGGGAAGUAAAUCUCUAACUUUUUUUCUUUUUUUUUUUUUGUUUUUGAAAAUGCCUCCUUAAAGCAGCACAGAAGCUGUAUCAAUAUUCCAGACCUCUGACAUUAGUUUCUGUUCGUGCGCCUGCCUUCCUCUCCAUAUCAUUUUACGCACAGAUGGUGCCAUUUUACGCAUCACAGCAACCGUCAUUAAAAUGUAAAAUGUUUUAAGUAUUAUUUAAAGACAUUGUUGGAAAAUAUGGAAAAGACUUCUCAGACCCCCUCUCACCUUCAAACAUACACAAUGUUCUAAACUCUGGACUUGUGGUGGACUCGUGGCAAAAAGGGAAACCCUCGGAUAUCAAGUCGCUUUCACUCUUUGAAGUAUUGGAUGUGGUUUUACUUGGAAAUCAGCUCUUCUUUAUGAAUCUGUGUCUAAAAUAAGUCGUGUAAACAGUUGGUAUGUGUGUGUUGUAGCCUAAAUGCUUUCAGAAAGAAGGAGAUUACCUGAAUAUCUAUGAACCACCUGAGAAAUAAUUUAGUUUGACUUCUGAUUCUUUUGACCAAUUCUCCUAAUGUGACUGCUGUAGAUGUGGCAGAUUCACAGGAAGAUUUUCCUGAUACCAUCAGCCAAAUAAUUCAAGAUAUUGGCAACAUCUUGAAAACACUGAUUGUGUGUUGUGGAAACCUUAAUUAAUACAAAUGCAAAUUCUAAUAAGUAAAGCAAGGGUCCUUGAGACUAUUUUAAGCGAAAUACAAGUUUGUGCAGAGUUGUACAAAACUUAUCUGACCUGGUAUCUUUAUUUAUUUGGAGUCUAAAAUAAAGUUUCUGGUACUGUUGAAAACUAGAAGAUCACUUUUCUUAAGCAUAAAGAAGGUGGUGACUCAAAUAUUCAAACAGAUCUCACUCAACUCAUCACUGUGCCACUUGGUCAAGCUCGAUAGAUGGAUAGUUACCACCUUAUUUUUCUCCUGUCAUUUUCCUUUGAGCAGGAGCACUAUCACCUGUACUGUAUCUACUGUAGCAUGCUAAACUACAAAAAAAAAGAAACAAAAAAAGCUUUAUUUUACUGUAAACAUUCAUGUCUGACACCAGUCACAUUUGCCUUUGUUUUAGCAAAAGAAAAAGAAAAACAAAGCUUUUUGCCAUUUCUAUUUUGUAAUAAAAAAGUUUGAAGUAAAA